AUGCAGCAUUUGCGGAAGCCCCAAAUAGUGGAGGUGCUGCUGCGGCUGCUGGUGACGAGCCGGCUGCUGCCUGCUGCUGCUCCUGCUGCUGCUGCUGCUGCAGCAAAGGGACUGCAGCGCAGCAGCGGGGCCCCCCUCCCGCUGCAGCUGCUGGCAGCAACUGCCACUCUCGGGAGGCCCCUCCACCGCCGCCUCGCAAACUUCGUUCGCUGGAAGCAGCAGCAGCUGCUGCAUGCGCAGGAGCCCCCGCUGCAGCAGCACUUCGUGGGGUCGCCCUCCCGCUGCAGCAGCAGCAGCAGCAGCAGCAGCAGGCAGGCGUGGGCUGGGGCUUUUGCCACACCGCAGCAGCGCAUGCGCGCAGCCUUCAUGAGACUUGCUGCUCGGGGCCUCCUGGGCCUUCCCAAAUUCACCCAGGCCCCAGAGGGGCCCCCCGGGGGCCCCCCAGGGGCCCCCCAGGGGGCCCCCCAGGGGCCCCCAGGGGGCCCCAGGCGAAGCCCCCAGGGGUCUCCCGGGGGGGCCCCCAGGGACCCCAGGGGUCCCCCAAAGCCCCAGGGGGCCCCCUGUGGGGCCCUCUGGGGACCUCCGGGGGCCCCCGGGGGCCCCCAAAGGCCCUGGAGGCCCCCCUAA